GGUGAAGGUGCCUAGGGUCACCUGCAGGCAAUAACGGAAGCAAUCGACAUGACACCGUCGGACCCUACCGAAAGAGAGGGACGUUUGAUUGACAGGUGAGAACAAAACGCAUCAGAUUGUGGUCUCAGAAUAAUUGUCAUUCUAACAUCACCGUGGGCAAACAUGACAUUGUUGAUAAGCCGCAAUCGCCUCGCCGCUGAUUGGUCCUUUCGCCACUGAUAUCCGGGGAUCGGCAUCGGAACAUCCUUGACAUCACUAAUCCCAUCCAAAACUUCCGCCAUCUCCAAACACUCCAAAUCCACUGCGCAUCUCCAUUCUCUCACCACCACAUCCUCCCUCACAGCCUUCACAAUGUUUGCGCGAACAGUAGCUUCAUCCCUGCGACAAGCCUCCCGGCCUGUCGCCGUCCGCUCAACAGCUCCUCUCUUCCGCACACCAAUCUCCCUCCUCACACCCUUCCAAGCCCGUCUGCUCUCCGACCAAACCCGCUCCGCGAUCGACAAGGCCGUGUCCUCCGCGCCCGUCGUUCUCUUCAUGAAGGGAACCCCCGAGACACCGCAGUGCGGCUUUUCGCGCGCCGCCAUCCAGAUCCUCGGCCUGCAGGGCGUCAACCCCGAUAAGUUCGCCGCCUUCAACGUUCUCGAAGAUCCUGAGCUGCGUGAGGGUAUCAAGGAGUACUCCGACUGGCCUACGAUUCCUCAGCUCUACGUCGCGAAGGAGUUUAUUGGUGGAACGGAUAUUCUGGUCUCGAUGCAUCAGAACGGUGAUCUGGCGAAGCUGUUUGAUGAGAAGAAGGUUAUUCUUGAGGGGGAGCCUGAGCAGAAGGAAUAGAGAGGCGAUUGCGAUCGGUCGAGUGUAUAACAUGGUGUAAUAGUGAAGAGAUACCUCUGUAUGACAGAUACGAAUGUACAGAAAAAGAACGGAAUAGACUGGUGUGGUCAUUUGCAUCUCGUCCUCUGGUGCUGUGAAGAAUCGGGGUUUUGUUGGUAUGUCGCUGGCGGCAUUGCCGUACAUACUAUUGCUGCCAAUCGCUGCAGCUACUCUGACUAGAAUGGCAAUUUGAAGUGCGCGCCUGUUCAUUCUCUACGAGCAGAAUACGAUGAAGAGCUGCGAAGGGUCACAAUGCCAAAGCAGUCCGAAAUAGCAGCCAUGGCCUCUCAGUUUUCCCAUCACGAAUGACGGAAACGGGUUCAUUGCAAUGAGUUUGGGGGUACUGUCGUCUCUUCUCGAUCGGAGAAACACGCCACUUCUUCACUUCUUACCUGGUUGCCGGAGCAGUUCGUCAACGGAGUCACAUUAUAAGGCGUCCCACCGCUCAGUGCAUUGCGCUUUUAUCCGUCUCAGUUUAUCCCUAGGUCUAUAUUCCGAAAUCAAUGGUCUAUGUCUAUAAAGUCUAUAUCUUCCAGUUCAUAUCCGCCAAAUCUCAGCUCAUACCACAAUGCCCUGGGAUCUCUCCCAGCGUCUCUGCCAAGCGUCCAAUAGCACAGUUCGCGAAUGUCCCUUACACUGCGGCACAAAGGCAACCUCAAUCACUGCACUUCGCCCCAUCUCAGCAUAAUCACGCUUCAUAGCACAAGCUAUCUGUUCAAAUCUAGCCAUCACCUUUCGAAACUCCUGAUUAUCAUUUCUGGGUAUACGUUCUUGAAAAAGCACCCCUGGGGCUUCGAGCGAGAUGAGCAGCCAGUCAAAGUCAUGCCGCCAAUUCAGGAGCCGAAACACAAGCUCUCGGGGGAAUAAGAAGAUCUCUUCGCCGUGCGCGAGGCGGAAAUUGAGUCCCGGGAGGAUAUCGUAGCUGAAUAUGAGGUCAACGCUGGGCUUGGGUUCUGGUGAUAGGGAUCUUGGGAUUUCGGAUGGUGGGCUGGACGGCAUUUGUUCAGAUUCGAUGGACUCCCGUACCCCCAUGGGUCUGGAUUGAUUGUCAUUGCGGUUCGCUUGCUGGGACUGCUGAGUGGAAUUAUUUGAGUUCAAAGAUGAAGGGGGAGGUGCAUUGGGAUCUCUGUCGCGACAUUCAUUUGUUUCCAGCCCCGUCUGAGUGCCCGUUGAAGUAGUAUGCGCCGCCGAUGGAUUGCUCCCACGCUCUCCAUGAUCAACUCCCAUAUUUGGUCGUGGAUUGGGCCCCGUAUGCCUAAGAUUAUCUUGUAAAUCUUGCAUUUGACUUACACGUCGGGGCUGCGCGUCAGGAAUUAGAUGUCCCGAUUCAUCAAUACCCUAAGUUAUCUGAAGUUAGUAACGCAUCCCCUCGAGUGGUGUCAUCACACUCACAUAUCCAGCCAACUCGUCCGGACUAUAAUUUAUGCGAUAAGGGGCCGCACGUCUGUUAUGCAUGAUUUUGUCCUGUCUCGAAGUUUGGCUUGACUGAGGACUCUCUGAAGAAGAGGAAGAAUCACCGUCUUCAUUGGCUGCUGCUCUGAAGACGGUUAGUACUUUUGUCAUGCACAUCUAAACUAGAGAACCAACACUGCAUUGUAUGGGCCCUCGUGAUCUGGAGGAGAUGGUGUAGGGCUCUCGCUGCCAAGAACAUUGCUGGGAUUCCUCGGACGCCGGCCGUUGUUGGCUGCAGUCAUCAUUCGUGGACGUGUUGAGCGCAACCUCUUCCCGUUAUCUUUCAGAUUGCAUCGAAGGAAGAACCAAACGAUGUUGGUGUAUAUCCUAUAUUACAUUGUUAGAGAGAACCCAAGUGACGAGGGAGACAAGUUACUCGUAUUGAUCUCUGGGGUACCGAAGAGAUCCGUCAUCGCUCGUACUGGGCCAGUACAAGGAACCAUUCUCACAAACACAGAUGUAUUCAUGUGCCAUCUCAAUCAGCCCCUUUUGGUGGACUAUAUCAUUUCUAUCGAUCAGAUCCUUACCCGAUAUCCUAAGUCUGGUCAUGAAUUGGGAGCGGAAUUGCUCGAGACCUGCUUGGUAGGCAGUUGCUCCCUUCUGGCGACUUCUUUGCCUCAAAUCCCGACGUAUAUCAACCAAAUUACUGAUUGAACCGGAUGUAGCAAAUAUAGCCAUGUAUUGGCCAAGGGAACAGCCGCAAGCCAACUCCAUGGCUAGUAGUGGCGACUUGAGAAGCAGAUAGUUGCUGGAGUGAAAAGCAGGCACAAGCCAUUUGCUAAGCAGCACACAUAUUUAUUAUUGUCUGGGUAAUCAACAAAAAAACAGGUUUUCGAUUGCUUUCUCUCCCGUUCUCUCUAUCUUGGCCGUCUCGUCAUAGGAGGCCUGCAUGGCGGUGAUUCUGCCUAGCAGGCCUUCUCAGCGUGAAGCCCCUUGCAUAAAGUGUUCUAUGUUUAGUUGAAUAGCAUUGAAUUGUUCUAUCUUUUGAAACAACUACAGAAUCUGUGCCGC